AUGUCAUAAGAACCCUUCGUUUUACAAAAGAAUUAUCGUUAAUAACAAGAAGCCUUAAAAUUUACUUAAAAGAAAAAACUGAUUCCAAUUCAAAAGAAAAUAGUUAAGAAAAUUAAUGAACAAAAACGAUUGCCAAUUGAAAAAAAAAGAAAUCCUUAAAGGAGUUAAAUUCAAUCUGAAUAAUAUUUAGAACCUUUAAUUCAAAUGCAAUCAUAUUUAGAUGAUUAAAUAAACUAAGAUCAGUAUUCCCCUCUCUUAUUCAAUGAGUUCAGAUUCACUUUUCAUGACUCAUAUUGUGAGGAAAUAAAUCUAUCAAAUGAAAUUUGA